AUUUUCAUAUUGAUGCAAUGGCCAAGCAGCAGACCAGGAGCUGGAUUGGAUUAGCGCUCGCGCUGCUGGUUGUGGCCCACACGGCGGCACUCGCCAUCACAGCCGCUGCUCAGCCAGCUGGAACCACAGCAUCAACCACCAGCAACAACCAGGCAGCAGCAGCCAGUCUCAAGUGCUUUGAGGCGAUUCGUGUUGAGAACGACGAGAUUGAGCGGCCGCCCGCGGUCACUGGCCACUCGCUGAUUGCACUUUCGCAUGCACUCUGGAUGUACGGCGGCAUCAUUCACUGGGAGAACGGCGAGAAGGUCGAGUACGGACAUGUGCUGUGGACGUACGAAACCGACGACAAUACCUGGGAUCGGACGUUCGCGGACAAGGGUCCGGCCCAGCCGCUUCGGGUGAACGAGACCGUCGAUGUGCAAUACGGAGACUCGUGGUUGGUGGCACGCGUGGUUGAACCCAAGCGUCCUGACCACACUGUACGUGUGGUUGUCGAUGUGCCAACCAAGCCGCUGGAUCUUGUCGUUGCGCGCAGCAAAAUCCGCUACUAUCCGCCAGCGAUGAACAUGCAUGUAGCAGUUGGCACGACCACUUCCACCGGCGUCCCUGUCAUGUACAUUCACGGCGGCAAGGGCCAGAAGGGACGCGUGUCUUCCGAUCUCUGGAUGUUUGUGUUUGAGCGAGCGGCCUGGGUUCGAGUUUUGCCAAAGACCUCCGAACCUGCUGCGCGCGAGAUGCACGCUGGCAUUGUGAUUGAUCGCGGAUUGUUCAUCUACGGCGGUGUUCGAGGUCAAACAAACUUUGAGGACAUGUGGCACUUCAGCUUCAAGGACUCGACCUGGACUGAACUGCAGCCGGCGCCAGGCCCGCGCCCGCCACCGGGAUGGGGCCACCGGCUGGCACUGACCACCCAUGAGACACGCGGUCGCCAGACGAUUUGGAUGUUUGGUGGCUACAAUCAGACGACAGGCAUCAACGAGCUCUGGAGCUUGGAUUGGGCCACCCGCCAGUGGACGUUGCACGGGCUGAACGGUCUGGCUUUCACCCGAGGCGCUGAGUCCCUCUUCGACCCGACCUCUGAUGCCUUGGAUCCGGAUCGAGGUGCUGCUGCGGUUGAGACGACUGCCGACGAGGCAUCUGUGGCUGAACGCCUCACCUCUGCAGAAGAAGACGAUGGUCUUCCAGCGGGAUGGUGGUACCGUCGUCCAUCUCGCGACAUGGCUUGGCCUGCAGCUCGUAAAGGCCACUCCAUGACUCUGUUUGAAGGCAACCUGAUUGUAUUUGGUGGGCACGGUCGCGUAGACUUUUACGACGACGUCUGGGUGUACCGAAUUGCGGACGGUGUGUGGAUUGGCCCGAUUCCCUGUGCAAGCGCUCCUCCUCCGCGCAACUACCACGCCACCGCUGUCCUCGCAGACUCCUUGUUUAUCUUUGGAGGCAACAACGUCCAGGGGCUUUUGAAGGACUUUUGGCGGUUGAAUUUGAAGAAGAUUGCUUCAUUCGCACAAAUACAAUAGCGACAAAGGUCUUGCACUGUCAGACCGUAUCGAUUCAAAGCACAA